AUGGGGUUAAAGGCAACAAAAGUGAUGGGUCUAGCUAAUAUAACAGUGGGAGUAAAAAUGCUUGCAAGGAAAAUUUCUCUAUUGGAUGGAGUAGCAGCAGAACUAAUAGUACUGGUGGUGGAAAUUGGAGUAAUGGUGGCAGAGGUAACACUAGUGGUGGUAGAGGUAACACUGGUGGUUGGACUGGAACCAAUGGUAGUGGAAGCGCUAAUAGUGAUCAUUAGUGCAAUAAUGAGGGGCGUGGAAGAGGAAGGAAAAGCGACUGGAGUGGCUGGGAAGGUGGGAAGGGAAUGGAUCAUCAGCGUAGCAGUAAUGGGCAUGGACGAGGGCAUGGAUGAAGGCAUGGGAACAGAGGUGGCUUAG